UUUGUUGAUAAUGAAAUGUGGUGUGGAUAUUCACUGUUAAACAAAAGUUAACUGAACGUUAGGCACUUUGUUCGGCUGUUAAAAAUCUCCUCAUUGUCUGCAGUGUCCAGGUGUAGACAGUCUGCGCUGCUCGACACUACAUUCCUCCACCGGCUCAUUAACGGUAUGCAAAGCAGGCGGCCAUGGCUUGGAAGUCGAGGACCCGAAAUCUACAGGUGUUCGACACGGAGCUGAGCGCGGACACGGUGGAGUGGUGUCCUGUUGCACCGAGCCACGACAUCCUGGCCUGCGGGACAUACCAGCUGCAGAAAGGGACAGGUGAGGAGGAUGCCACCCCGAGCCGGACCGGUCGUUUGUAUCUUUUUGAAUUCCGGCGAGAGGGAUCGAUGAGCCCCCCUCUCACUGAGCUACAGCGCAUAGACACAGCGGCCAUUCUAGAUUUGAAAUGGUGCCAUGUGCCGGUGUGUGGGGAGGCCCUGCUGGGGAUGGCAGCCGCCACUGGAGAGCUGCAGCUGUACACGCUGUCCGACAGUCAGGAAGGGGCCCGCAGUCUGCACCCUCUGUGCAGUUUGGAGGUGGGAGCCGAGCGGCUGGCUCUGUCAUUGGACUGGUCCACUGGAAGAAUGGAAAGUGGAGAUGUGCGGGUGGUGUGCAGUGACUCUGCAGGUUGCGUCAGCGUCCUCUCUCUGGCUGAAGGUGCUCUGACGGCUCUGUCACAGUGGAAGGCCCAUGACUUUGAGGCCUGGAUCGCAGCCUUCUCCUACUGGGACACACAGCUGCUUUAUUCUGGUGGUGAUGAUUGCAAACUAAAAGGCUGGGAUCUCCGGGUUGGUCCCUCCUGCCCCACCUUCACCAGUAAAAGGCACUCAAUGGGUGUGUGCAGCAUUCACAGUAACCCACAGCGGGAGCACAUCCUGGCUACAGGCAGUUAUGAUGAGCAGGUUCUGCUGUGGGACGGCAGAAACAUGCGGCAGCCUCUCAGCGAGACUCCCAUUGGUGGAGGGGUGUGGAGGCUGAAGUGGCACCCGACCCAUCAGCACCUGCUGCUGGCAGCCUGCAUGCACAAUGACUUCCACAUCCUGCAAUGCCAGCAGGCCCUGGCGGGCAGUGUAGGAGCGUGUCCUGUCCUCGCCUCCUAUAUCCUCCACAACUCGCUGGCGUACGGAGCAGACUGGUCGCAACUGUCCCUGGAGGAAGCGGCUCCCUGCUCCCCCACUGCCGCAGAACCAAAGCAAAGCCUCACAGAGAGCGCAGCAGGACACCUGAGGAUUCAGUACGAAUCUCCCACCGCCAGCUUUGACACCUCCCUGGAGGACGACGCAGGACGAUACAUCCCAGAGGGCAUUGCAGCGCCCUCCGUCACCCCUUCUGCAGGCCCUGUCCUCAACUCAAACGAAGACGCCCCUUCAUUGUCCUGUCUGCUGGCGAGCUGCUCAUUCUAUGACCACAUGCUGCAUGUGUGGCGCUGGGACUGGAGUCCAGAUGAGGCUGUACAGGAGUCAGAGCAAUGCUGACCAGCCCGGAGCUCCGGCUGCACUGACUCUAUACAAAUACCUUCUAUCCAAUUCUAACAUGCACCUAAGUGAAGCAGAAUGUACGGCCUAACUGCAGCACAGCAUGUUUCACUGUUAUUCCACCCACUGUCUUCACAAU